GACAGUUUAAUAUCAUAAAAUGAUAGGGAAUUUCAUCCCCGCGCUAUGCGAAUAACAGAGAACAUAUUUUAUAAAAUUAUAAAGCGUUAAAAUAUUAAGCAGGUACACAGGAACGUCUUCAUCAUUAUUUUUAAGUUGUAGUAAAUGUGAGGUAUUUUAUGCUCACUAGGUAUUUUUUUAAGGACUUAGAUUUUUUUUCGAAGGGUUGUUUUUGUAAUUAAACAUGGAAGACGAAAAUGAUGUCCAGGCUGUUGGUAUUAGUAAUAAAAUGCAGCUAGAAACAGAAUUGACUAGCAAGUUCUUAAGUGGGCAAAUGUCAUUUGCUGAGUAUUCAAGUGAAUGGUAUAGUGGUGAAGAUGAAGAUGAACAUGAAAAUGAGGUAAUCGUGACUAAGAAUGAAGAGCCUCUACAAUCUGUACCUACUGAGAAAAGACGUCGUAGGCUGACCCGUUUGACACCAGCCUUAGUUGGUCUAAUGGGUGAAGCUAAUUUACGGUUUGUUAGGGGUGAUGUUGAGAUGGCAGAAAAGAUGUGUCAUGAAAUAAUUAAGCAAUUACCUACUGCAUCUGAACCUUAUCAAACUCUUGCCCAAAUUUAUGAACAUGAUGUUGAGAAGUCUUUGCAAUUUUCACUAUUAGCAGCACAUUUAUCACCAACUGACUCCAAUGAAUGGUUAAGAUUAGCUGCUAUAUCUAACCAAAAGAAUGAUUUAAAACAAGAAAUGAUAUGCUAUACACAAGCUAUUAAAGCUGAUCCACAUAAUUUUGACAUCCAUAUGAAAAGACUAGACUUGUUAAGUAAGUUAGAAGAAAUGAAGUAUCCUCUAAAUACGUGGAUAAUUGCACGAGUUAAGUGCUAUCAUAAAAUAGUUACAUGUCUUCCACCAACUCAAGGUAAAAUUAUAUUAAAAUAUGCUAGAUUAGCUACUACACUUUAUCAUAAUGGAAAUGAAAAAGAAAAGGCCUAUGCUGUUAUGUUAGCUGCUUAUAAUAAAUGUCCUACAUUAUUUACACUUGAGGAUCUUAAUAUUUUUCUUGAACUUUUAAUUUCUCAGAAAGAGUUUAAAAAAUGCUUGGAAGUAUUUGUAGCAAGUGUUGGAGUAGAUAUAGAAGCUGAAAUACAGACAAUUAGGAAAUCUUCUAAUGAAAUUGAAGAGCAAACUAACUACAUAAAAUGUGCCAUUCCCAAUGAUUUAGCUAUUGACCUUAAAUGUAAGUUAUUAGUGUCAUUUAUUCAUUUAGAUGCUAUAGAUCUUGUACAGACAUUACUUAAUGAUUUUUUAACAAAUGAUGUUGAAAAAGCUGGUGAUUUGUAUAUGGAUAUUGAAGAAGCAUUUUCUGCAGUAGGAUAUCAUGAAAUGGCAAUGAAAGUAUUGGAACCAUUAGUUAAAACACCACACUUUGAUCUUGGUGCAGUUUGGUUAAAAUAUGCUGAUUGCCUUUUAAAUUUAGGCAGACAAGAGGAGGCAGUCAGUGCUUUUUACAAGGUGUUAAAACAUGCACCUCAGCAUCCAGAAGCAAGAAGGAAGUUAUUCCAUAUCUUAGAGAAAAAGGAACAAAUUGAAGAUGCCAUUAAUGUCCUUCAACAAGAUUAUAAAUAUGUUGUAAGUCCCACCCUUUUAUAUGAACAGUGUAAAGUGUUAAAGAAGUAUAAUAUGACAGCAAAAUACUUGGAAAAUGCAACAUUCUUUCCCAUAUUAAGAUUGUUGUUGCCGGAUAAAGAUCGUGAGAGAAAUCCGUACAAUUUAAAGGAAACAAAGCUCGGUGCUCUUUUAGUAAAAGUUUUAUCACUCAAUAAACGGUCACAUGAUGCUCAAGAACUGCUUAAUUUCCGCUCAGUCCAAAACAAUUUCCAUGAUAGUGAUUUUGCUGGAAUUGCCUUUUUAGUCUUAAAGAACAGAAUACCUCAAAAAAUAGGACAUCUCACAAUAGGUGACGUUAACGCACUACUUGAUAAAAUAGCAUCAAUUGUUGAAAAUAAGGCACAUAUUUUAGACGAGGCUUUCAGCUAUGCAAUAAAAAAAUUAACAGCAGAACAACUGAAAUGGUUCCUAAGGAUAAUACUGAAGGACUUAAAACUAGGUAUGAGUGGACACCGAAUCUUGGCAGCAUUUCAUCCGGACGCACCGGAAUUGUAUGAAAGCUGCAGUAAUUUGAACAAAGUAUGUGAAGAUCUUGGAGAUGGUGACACUCGGCCGAUAGAGCUAGGCGUGCAAGUUUUUUUCGCAGUUAGCCCCAUGCUCUCCGAGAGGUUGGAUGUCACUCGCAUUGCGCAAUUAUUGGCUUCAGACAAGUUAUAUCAAGUUGAGGAUAAGUUUGAUGGCGAACGGUUUCAGAUGCAUAUGGAAAAUGGAAUAUUUGAGUAUUUUUCUAGAAAAGGGUUCAAGUAUUCUAAUAACUACGGUAAAACAUAUGAUUCAAACGGAUUAUUGACUCCCCUUUUAAAAGAAUGCUUCAUACCAAGUGCUUCAAGUUUCAUAAUUGAUGGAGAAAUGAUGGGUUGGCAUAAAGAGUAUCAAUGUUUUGGUUCCAAAGGAAUGGCGUUUGAUGUAAAGAAAAUAACUGAGAACGCGAGAUUCCGACCAUGCUUCUGCGUGUUUGACAUUCUUUAUUACAAUGGCAUGACAUUGAUUGGUCCGGCUGACAAGGGCGGUAAAACUUUGAAAGAAAGACUAGAGAUUCUUGAUUCUCUGUUUAUGGAUAUACCGGGUGUUAUAAUGCAUAGUAAAAGACAGAUUGUCAAAGAUAGCGUUGAUGUGCUUAAUGCUUUGAACAAAGCGAUAGAAAACCAAGACGAAGGUAUCGUUGUAAAGGACUUCAAUUCAUAUUAUAUAGCCAAUCGUAGGAAUGUAGGCUGGUAUAAAGUUAAACCCGAGUACACGGAAGGAACAAUGACAGAUUUAGACCUAGUUGUUAUUGGAGCGGAUGAAGCAGAGAACAAGAGGCAAGGUCGCGCCAAGAGCUUUCACGUCGCUUGUUUAGAUCGCUCCGGAGAGGAGCAGCGGUGGGUAUCAGUGGGCCUUGUAGCCUCGGGAUUGACGUUUGAAGAGCGAGAGCAACUCUGUGUGCUUUUAGAACAACAUUGGAAACCCGCCAAAAAAGUACCUCCACCUUCCUCGUUGUACUUUAAUAAACUUAAACCGGAUUUCUGGAUCAUGCCCGAAGUUUCCAUUGUAUUAGAGGUAAGAGCGACGGAACUAGUUCGCAGCAGUAGUUCAGGCACAGAUUAUACAUUGCGUUUCCCUCGGGUCAUGAAAAUCCGCAGGGACAAACCCGUGAAGGACGUUCUUACUUUAGAGGAGUUCCAGAAACUUGUAGCGGAGAGAAAUGCAGUUGUAAAAUUAAGUACGAAGAGAAUAAGUGAAAAUCAGAUUGACGAAGUCGUAAUUAAAGCACGUAAAACGCGAACACAAAAAAUUAUACAAGUUGCUGAAAAGUUUCGCACUAAACCAAUUGAUGGCGUUAAUGUCGUUUCAAAAGCGUUAGAUGGCAGGGAAAUAUGCAUUCUCUCUGAUGACGAGGAUUUUAAGAAGAUCGAUCUGAUUAAAAUUGUGGAGUCGCACGGUGGAAAGCAUGUUGAAAAUCCGGGUCCAAAAACUUGGUGUUGUGUUGUAGGAACAUUAACAUUUCGGGUUCGGAAAUUAAUAGAAACUGAAAAAUUCGAUAUAAUUAGUACAUCGUGGUUGCGAUCUCUUCCUGAAUCCGAAGAACCAUGUUCCCUCUCACCAUUAGACAUGUUGUCAAUCAAACAUUUAACUAGAAUAAAGCUUAGUCUUGAUUAUGAUGAAUUUGGAGACAACUAUAGAGACCAAAUAAAUGAAGAAACGUUGAAGAAAUGUUUGAAGAAAAUGGACAAUUCGGAUCCAAUAUAUCUUACAGCGUCUGAAAUGUUAUACAUUGACGAACAGUUAUUUGGCGAACAUAACCCGUUCUCGUUCUUACGGAAAUGUACAUUACAUUUUGUCGAAUAUUCAAUACAUUCUACAUUAGCAAAAAUGUAUGGCGCAACAAUUUGUGUUAUUAACGAGAAUCCUACUCAUAUCGUAAUCCGUAGAGGAAAAAGAUAUGAAUUGGGUCACCUUUCUUCAAAAAUUGUUUAUGAGGACUGGCUGGAUAAUUGCUUUAAAGAAAAGAAAUUUAUUACUGAAAGCGAAUUCAUAUUCAAGUAGAGAGACAUUUAUUAUCUGUAGUCAAUAUUAUUGCUUAAAGCAAAGAGACUUUUAGGAUCAAACACUCUGGAUUUCUACACUUGCUGCACGUAGAGUUUAAAAAAAUGUAACUAAAUAAAAUAUUUGUAAUAAGUUUGACAUUUAUAUAUUGACAUAUAAAUUAAUUAUUGCUUUUACGUAUCAGGAUUUAUUAAAUUUCUACAGUAUAAACUUAAUCAAUAUCAAGCUACUAAAGUUUUGGUGAUAUAAAUAAAGUAUGUUCAUAUUUGUAUUAUAUGACAUUAUAAAAGUACUUAAUAUAACA